AUGGCCAGGCAGAGGCUGCUGGGGCAAGUGGCCGUGGCCAUGACCUCCCGUUGUAAGAGGCCACCCUGCCCAAGCUGGGGUCGCCUUCGGGAGAAGGCAACCGGCCACCCCACCGCUGGCUCCUCACUGGCGCUGGCUUGGGGCAGCGAUGGCGGCUGCCCUAACAGGCGUCUCUUGCAGGUGCCCCCCAGGCUGGUGGUCUGGGCGCUGCUGCUGUUGGGGCUGGGGCUGCGCGGCGGGCGGGCUGGGCGCGGCUGCAGCGUCCCAGAUGUGCUCCGCCACUAUCGCGCCGUCAUCUUCGAGGACCUGCAGGCAGCAGUGAGGCGGGCUGGGCCCAGCUCCAGGCAGCGCUAUUUCCAUCAGAAAAACCUGACGGGAGCGGGGGCCCUCCCCCAGCGGGGGCUGGUGGGCGCCUCUUGCAGCGCCCAGAAGGAACGCAACAUCCUGCUGUCCAUCGCAGCGUUGGGGCGCAGCCUGCAGGAGGCCGUGGCAGGCGGGGGCCGUGGGGCGCUGGAGAAGGCGGCCCGGACCGUGGCUGCGCGCACAGAGGCUGUGCUGCGCCUCCACUGCCCGACGCUGCGCCAGAGCCCACGCCCCACGACGCGCCCCGCCCGGCGCCCGGGCCACCCGAGGCAGCUGCUGCUGCGCGCCCUGCACGCCGUCGCCACCUGCUGGGCAAAGCUCUUCGCUCUGCACGGCCCAGCCGCCGAGGGCUAGAGCACCCCCGGGCACCCUCCCAGCUCCGGACCAAGCCUGCCCAGACCUCGAAGCUUCGCCGCGCGGACCCAGCCACUAGGACCCGAGCCGCCAGCCACGGGCCUUUCCCCGGCGCCUGCAGGUGUCUCCG